AGCAUGAUGCUUCCUUUACAUCGCACUCGCCCUUUCUGAUACCAUGACUCCACAGCUUAGGAAGUGGACAGCUAUCUUUGUGAUAUGUAUUGUACUGAUACACCAGCUGGAAGGGGCUCCCAUGAGUAAUACUGCUGGAUCCAAGACAUUGCUGAGACUUCGAAGGAUGACUCCAUUUUGGAGAGGGUUAUCACUGCGUCCAGUUGGUGCUUCAUGUAGAGAUGACACAGAAUGCCUUACAAGACUUUGCAGAAACCAACGUUGCUCCUUAAAGGCAUUUGCAGAUUAACAACAAUCUUCUGCUGAUAUUAAGAACAAUAGGGAAAAAUGCCAUCAAUGAAUGCAGAUAAAAUUACAUCAUUCUCUCUG